CCACCCCACCAAAAAAAAGGAAAAAAAUGCGUAUCACACUUGAGCAAGGAAUUCAGGAGAGAGUGUAACGAAAUAUUCUGUAUGAUCAUCUCUACACAUUGCACGUCUCAACCUUAAGAUGCCUUCUCUUUCUUCAAAUGCGUCCUAGAGGCGCAUAUUGCUAUUUGGGUUCUUUUCUUAAUUAGUCUAGUUACUUGAAAUUUUGAAUGCAGAAAUUGUAGAAGAAUAUUUGAUUUUGAGAAACAAGAAGUUCAUGUAUUAAGGGGCGAUUAUUAUAUAACAUUUCUUUUAUUGGCAGAUCGUCAUGUUCAUCGCGUGCCAUUUUUAUUGGGGAAAAAAAAAUUCAUAUUUUCUGGAGUCUUGUCCAGAUGUGCUACAGUCUAACGCAACAAAAAACAUAGGUACAGGAAGAUAUUUUCCUUGGAAAACGUAGGAUCACACACGAAAGAAAGAGACGAGGACCCCAAUCUCCUUCUCUCCCCCGAUCCUUUGCCUCUCAAAUUCAAAAAAUCCAGAGUACCGAUGACGACCACAACCCCAACGGUCACUCCCCUCUCUCCCGCCAAAACCCCACCACCACCACCAACCCCAAAACCCUCAACCCUCCAGAACCCCACCUCCAUCCAACACAUCCAGCAACUCCACGCCGUAGCCAUCAAAUCCAACCUCCAAACCAACCUCCCUUUCCUCACGAAACUCAUCACCCACCUCACCUCCACCCCAACCCCCUCCUCCCUCUCCUACGCCCACCAGAUGUUCGAUACAAUCCCCGACCCACCCAUUCUCCUCUUUAACACCCUCUCUCGUGGCUACUCUCGUUCUCAAACCCCCUCCAUCGCCUUCUCCCUCUUCGCCGAAAUGAUCAAUUCCAACAUAACUCCGGACAACUACACCUUCCCCUCUCUCCUCAAAGCUUGCGCCAGUGCAAAAACCCUAGAUGUGGGUAAACAAGCCCAUGCGUUCGCGAUGAAGCUUGGGCUGGCGGAUAAUGGGUUUGUUAGGCCCACUUUGAUUAAUAUGUAUGGGGAGUGUGGGGAGUUGACGGAAGCUAGGGUUUUGUUUGAGAGAGGGGAUGUGGAGUGUGUUGUUUCGUAUAAUGCAAUGAUUAUGGCUUGUUGUGUGAGGGGGAGUAGGCCGAGUGAGGCGCUUGCGUUGUUUAGGGAGUUGCAAGGGAAGGGGAUGAGGCCUACGGACGUGACAAUGCUUAGUGUGUUGUCGGCGUGCGCGUUGCUGGGGGCGAUUGAGCUUGGGAAGUGGAUUCAUGAUUAUGUGAAGAAAAACGGGUUUGGUUCUUAUGUUAAGGUAAAUACAGCUUUGAUCGAUAUGUAUGCGAAGUGCGGGAGCUUGGAGGACGCUAUCGAUGUUUUUCACUCGAUGGGCACGAAGGAUACUCAAGCCUGGUCGGCCAUGAUUGUUGCCUACGCAAUCCAUGGCCACGGGAGCAUCGCCAUCUCCAUGUUUGACAAAAUGCUACACGAUGGAAUCAAGCCCGAUGGCAUAACAUUCCUCGGUGUCUUAUACGCUUGCAGCCACUCAGGCAUGGUCGACAAAGGCCUAGACUACUUCCACAGUAUGAAGAAAACACAUAACAUCGUGCCAGGGAUCAAGCACUAUGGUUGCAUCGUGGACUUGCUAGCUCGUGCGGGACGACUUGAUGAAGCCUUUGAGUUCAUCGACAGGCUGCCAAUCAAGCCAACACCGAUCCUCUGGCGAACUCUACUGUCUGCCUGUGGAGCUCGUGGCAAUAUCGAUCUUGGAAAGCUCGUGUUUGAUAGAAUCACAGAGCUCGAUGACUCCCAUGGAGGAGACUAUGUUAUAUUAUCGAACAUGUGUGCGUCUGUUGGGAGAUUAGACGACGUGAAUAAAAUAAGGAAGUUAAUGAGCGAGAGAGGGGUGGUCAAGGUGCCAGGAGUGAGCUCGAUAGAGCUUAAUAACACGGUGCACGAGUUCUUUUCUGGCGAUGGGAAGCAUCCGAGGUCGAGGGAGGUGCACAAAAUGGUGGAUGAGGUUGUGGAGCAACUGAAGAUUGUUGGGUACGCGCCUGAUACUUCAAAGGUGUUCCAUGUGGGGAUGGAUGAAGAGGGGAAGGAGAUCAGUUUGAGGUAUCACAGUGAGAAGUUGGCUAUUGCGUUUGGGCUUAUGAGCAGCGCUCCAGGGGCUACGAUCAGGAUCGUGAAGAAUCUGAGAGUGUGUGGAGAUUGUCAUUCAAUGGCGAAAAUGGUGUCAAUGGUUUAUGGGAGGAGGAUUGUGCUUAGGGAUCUUAAUAGGUUUCAUCAUUUUGAAGGUGGGGUUUGUUCUUGUGGGGAUUAUUGGUAGUGAUUUGUUCUUCAUUUUUUUGUUGAUGUUAGGACCACAUUGUCUAAAAUCCUAAAACUGACAAAGACAGGGUUAUAUUACAUUUUGCAAUUGUCAUGCU